GCGUGUCCCCGCAGCGGGAAGCGGGCAGCGGGAGCGGCGGGAAUUCCCAGACGAUGCCCCCCGGCCGCUGAACUUGGGGACAGUGACAGUGACAGUGACAUGGCGACUGCCGGCAAGGGCGGCAAGGGGAAGGGGACAGCGGUGCGCUUCACCCCCGAGGGGACCCAGGGCCACCAGCACGAGGGGACACAGGGCCACGUCCACUUCCAGGAGCAGCUGCACGACUCGGCCGUGAUGGUGACACAGGACAAGGACGGCCACUUCCUGGUCAAGGUGGGAUUCCUGAAGAUCCUGCACAAGUACGAGAUCACCUUCGUGCUGCCCCCCGUGCCCAGCCUGGGCAAGGACGUUUGUCCCCUGCCCGUCCCCAACCCCAACCUGCGCAUCGUCAGUGUCACCUCGCUGCCCGAAGGGCACAGCGUGCGCUGCGUAUACAUGGCGCACAAGGAGGGCGUGCUGAAGGAGGAGCUGCUCCUGGCCGGACACAGCCCCGGCCACAUCAAGGUCACCGUCCAGGCCCGGGUCAUGGACCGUCACCACGGGACGCCGAUGCUCCUGGACGGCGUGCGCUGCGUGGGAGCCGAGCUGGAGUACGACUCGGAGCAGAGCGAGUGGCACGGCUUCGACUGACCCCAAAGCCCACCCCGGGCCACCCCAAAGUCCCCCACAGCACAGCACGGUCCCCAAAAGCGGGCGGGGAGGGAGGGAGGGAGGGGGGACCCCGCUC